AUGUCUCUCCUCGCAGCCCUCAACUGCACGGGCAAUGUCCACCUGAUCAUCGGCACGAACCCCCUGGCCGCCUCACGAUGUGGCCAGUCGGUGGCUGCCGGUGCCAAGGCUCUCCUCAUCGCUCCUGACACGGAAGACCUUCACUACGGCCUUGCCAAGCGCAUUGAUGCUGGCGAGGUGACCUGGCACAAGAAGGCCUUUGAGGACAAUGAUCUCUUCUCCCUCGGCCGUGACGACGUCGACCAUGUCGUCGAUGCCGUCUUCAUCACCUCGGGCCCACGAGACCCGCAAGCAUCACACAUCUCAGCUCUCUGCAAACGCAACCGCAUCCCUGUCAACGUCGUGGACGCCCCCCACCUCUGCACGCUCUCCCUGCUGUCCGUCCACACGGAUGGGCCCCUUCAGAUCGGUGUCACGACGAAUGGUCGUGGCUGCAAGCUCGCCUCGCGGAUACGUCGCGAGGUCGCUGCCGCUCUGCCGCCCGACCUAGGCGCCGCCUGUGCGCGCCUCGGCGACGCUCGUCGUCGCAUCCAGCAGGAGGACCAGCAAGCACACAGCCAGGCCGAUGUCGAUGCCGACGCGGAUGACUCGGUCGACCAGACGGCCUCCUUCAACAAGCUCGUCAUCGAAGCCGACCUCGAGGCCGCCAAGACGCGCAGGAUGCGCUGGCUGAGCCAGGUCUGCGAGUACUGGCCCCUCAAGCGCCUCGCCGCCAUCACCGACGCCGACGUCGCCACCGUCCUCGAGUCGUACGCCAACCCGUCGGCCCUCCUCCCCGACGCCCCUCUGCCCCCGCUCACCGCCCUGCCCGCCUCCCCCGCCGCCGGUCGCCCUGCCGUCGGCAAGAUCAUCCUCGCCGGCAGCGGGCCGGGCCACCCAGACCUCCUGACACGCGCGACGCACAAGGCGAUCCUCACGGCAGACCUCAUCCUCGCCGACAAGCUGGUGCCGGCGCCUGUGCUGGACCUCAUCCCGCGGCGCACACCCGUGCGCAUCGCGCGCAAGUUCCCCGGCAACGCCGACGCCGCCCAAGACGAGCUGCACGCCCUGGCCUUGGCGGCGGCACGCGACGAGGGCAAGACGGUGCUGCGUCUGAAGCAGGGCGAUCCGUUCCUCUACGGCCGCGGCGGCGAGGAGGUCGCCUUCUUCCGCGCCCACGGCCUCGGCGCCCGCGUCGUCGUCCUGCCGGGCGUCACCUCGGCCCUGAGCGCGCCCCUCUUUGCCGGCAUACCCGUCACCCAGCGCGACGUGGCCGACCAGGUCCUCGUCUGCACGGGCACCGGCAAGAAGGGCAAGGCGCCCGUGCCGCCCGAGUACCUCGAGGCCCGCACCGUCGUGUUCCUCAUGGCGCUGCACCGCAUCAGCGGCCUCGUCAACGAGCUGACGGCGCCGCUCGAGGGCGAGGCCGAGGGCGUGCGGACGUUGUGGCCCCGCAGCACGCCGUGCGCUGUCAUUGAGAGGGCGAGCUGUCCCGAUCAGAGGGUCAUCCGGACGACGCUCGGCGUCGUGGCCGAGGCCAUCGAGGCCGAGGGCAGCCGGCCGCCGGGGCUGCUGGUCGUGGGCAGGGCGUGCGAGGCGCUGUAUGCCCCCGAGAAGGGCAGGGCGUGGGUUGUCGAAGAUGGGUUCCGGGGCAUGGACUCUGACGAUGUCGUGGCGCUCCCUUAG